AUGAGGUUUUCCACAACCGUCCUCGUUGCCAUCCAGGCAUCGAUGGGCCUGGCUCAUGCUAUUCCACCUCCUUUUACCAAGUAUCUCGACAAGAUCGACAAUCGGGUUGAAGAAGACCAUGAAAGACGAGGCCCCCUCACUGAAUUCCGUAAGAAGUUCUUCAAGGGAUACGAGGUGGCCAAGUCAACUACCCGUCACACGUUCCUCGUUCCCGAGGACAGCGAGUACGAGGCCAAGAAACACCACCACGACAAUGAACAUGGCACCACAAACUAUCAUCCCCAUGGUCAUGAGUCCGAAGACAGACAUGACAUGAAGAACAAGUAUGAACCUCAGAGACAUCAUGUCUCCGAGAAGCCCCGUUUCAAGACGCACCAACCUGAAGGAGACUACAGCCACGAGGAACACUAUCACCAUAGCGAGAGCUAUGACAACCCCAAAACAGGACAUCAUCACAACGACUAUAACUACGAGACUGAGUACCCUAGCGAGGAGCACAAGGAUAAGAAAGAUUAUCCGACAGAAUCCUUUGACCCGUCCGACGAUCGUUACGAUCUCAACGAACAUGAUUUCGAUAAGUACUUCAUCAAGGACCAUGACGCCUCCUCAAAAAAGCAUGAAUCAGACGAUAUUGGGGAUCCCCAGGGAAGUCCCUCCAAGCGAUGGACCUCUAAGGGUGAUGUGAUGGGGCAGUGGUGGCAACCUAGUAAAUCUAGGGAGCACUAUAGGAAUCCCAACAAAGAGCAUACUCACUCCCACAAGUAUAAGGUGGAACCUAGAUUCCCUGAUACUACCAAACCUUGGGCUCGACAUGUCAAGUACACCGCCAAGGAGAUACGUGACCUCCACAAGGCAAAGGAGCAUGGUUUUCACAUGCCCAAGCCUGGUUAUCACCUGCCUGAGAAGUAUGAGGCUGAAGUCGAGGAUCAAGAGUACUCCCACUUCAACAAGCACCAGAAGGAGAACGACAACCUUCCCUACUUCGACAAGUACCGGGGAAAGUACCUCCCCAAGCAGCCUUUUGAGAAAAAGAGAAAAUUCGUCCCCAAGGCAGAGUAUGGUGCUGAAGACGACACUCAUCACUCUUAUGCCAGGGAGCAUUACAAGAAGCCCGACUAUGAGAAGGAGGAUGAACAAAAGUACGGACCUGACUCUGAAGAGAAGUACCACGAGGAGGAGUACUCCGAGAAGAAAGGAGGCAACUCUAAGCUGAAGGGAUUCUACGACUUCAACUUCGGGCACAACCCUGAAGAAGGAAAGUUCCUUGAUGAUGAGUCCUAUACAACCAAGCAUGGUGGUUCGGGCGAGCCCGAAGAGAUCACUUUCAAGAAGUACUACCCCAAGAAGAGUGACAAGGAAGACAAAGAAGACGACCCCCACACAGCUAGGAAGUAUGGUUACAGAAAGUAUCAUCCUAAGAAGCACAGCGCCUCUAAUGAGGAGAAGAUGCAUGACCACAAGCGAGAGGAGAAAGAACUCAACUACUCUGAAGAGGACAAGAAGUAUGAAUACAAGAAGGUGUAUUACCCAACCAAGUAUGAGCCCAAGGAAAACACCAAGUUCUAUCGCAAGCAGGAGGUUGGCCAUGAAGAUCAUGGCUUCAAGUCGAAACCCCACAGCGUGGAGCACCACACACACUACUACGAUGAGCCCGGCUACGAGAACGUCGUCCCAGGCUUCAUGUGGGCUGGUCCUGGAGCUGUUACCAAGACUCCCUGUGCCUCCAAGGAGGGAUGUCCUUAUGGUCAUUGGCAUAUGUUGGAACCCAAGGACGGCGAGCACAGACGCAUUGGAAUCACCGGAACCAAUAUCGUCGUCGAGCCCGACUACUCGAGGCCUGACUACAAGGAGGACAUAGUGAACCACGUUUUGCCUGGCUACGAGAAGGUCAUUCCCGGCUUUGAGUGGGCAGGACCUGGCCGCGUCACUGAAGUUCCCUGCCCCAGUGUCACGGAUUGUCCUCAGGGAGGCUGGUUCAUGCUUGCGCCCAGAUAUGGUGAACAUAGACGUAUCGCCAUGAACUAUCCCAAGGCCACACCUACACCCCGUCCUCAUCCUCAUCCUCAGCCCCACUCCACUAUGCAUUUCCCCCAGCCUGGCUAUAAGCCUCCCACGCCUGUUGGAUACGAGGGCAGAGCGCAGGAGAAGGACCACGAUGAAAACGAGGGAGAAUACAAACUGAUCCAUCGCCAUUCAAGCCAUAUGGGGAAGAGGAGCAUUGAAGCAAGAACCCCUUGCGGUAAGAAGGAUCCCAAGGAGCCAAAGAAGCUUGACCCCAACAAACCACUCCCCACGCUCACAGUACAACAAUUAUGGAACUUUGAGAGACUCAGCACAGCGAAACGAAAAGAUAUCGUGAAAGAUUACCCCUGGAUGGAUGAAGAGCUCAAGAAGGAGUUCCCUAAAUUCAAGGAAUUGACUCCUCGGUUGAUCACUAAACUCAACGAGUUUUGGGCUAUCCUUCACCUGGACCGCCAAGCCAACAUGAUAUUCAUAGAAGUUAUGAAGAGAAAGGUUACGGGCGUCCCAAGAAAGAGAGCAACACCAGAACUCAGCGACGAGGAAAGCAACAAGAUCGAGGCCUUGUCGAAGCGAGCAGACCCAAAACUCAGCAAAGAUCAAAUCAAGCGGAUCGAGGCAUCGCCUUCCUUUGCCCGGAGAAUAGCUGCAGGAAGUCUCGACUUUGACCCAAAACUCACAGAAGAACUGGCCAAUGCCCGCGGCAAGUUCUCUGCCAAACUUAUUGCGAAGCUCAACAAAGAAUAUGCUCGUAUCAUGAGCGAUCCCAAAUACAAGGAUAUCCGCGAAAGGUAUCUACCCAACUCGAAGAAAUCGAAGAGAAACGCGGAAGAAGAAAAGCACUACUCGAAGAGAUCAGAGCCACAACUCAGCGAAAGGGAAAUCAAGAAGAUCGAGGGACUAUCUUAUUCAAUCCGCGGAAUAGUUGCAAAGAAGCUCGACCUUAACCCUGAGCUCACAGCGGAGCUGGUUAAAACCGAUAAGCUAUCUGACGAGCUUAUUGCGAAGCUUAAUGUUGAAUAUGCUCGUAUCAAGAGUGAUCCCAAAUACAAGGACAUCCUCAACAAAUUCUUCUCCAGCUCAAAGAGAGCAGAGACCCAACUUAGCAAAAAGGCUAUUAAGAAGAUUGAGUCAUUACCUCCUAGGUACCGCGCAAUGGUUGCAAAGCAGCUCGACUUGGACCCCAAGGUUACACGCGAACUUGUUGAAUACAGUAAGAUAUCUGACAAGCUCGUUAAGAAGCUCAACGUGGAAUAUCGUCGCAUCAAAGAUGACCCCAAGUACAAGGAUAUCCUUGACAAGUUCCUAUCCAGCUCCAAGAGAGAAGAGCCCAAACUCAGCCGGAAAAUGAUCAGCAAGCUUAUGCGCAUGAGCCGAAAGCAGCGCAAACGUGUUGCUAAGAUGCUUGAUAUGAAUCCCAAGCUCACAAAGGAGUGGGUUCGGGCCGAUAAGACAACUGACGAGCUUGUUGCGAAGCUCAAUGUUGAAUAUGCUCGAGUCUAUAAGGAUCCUAAAUACGAGGGCCUCCUCCGAAGGAUGGGAUCCUUGUACAAGCGAAGAGGAGAUGGGAAGGACUACUUCGGAUGUUCUAUAGACGAUUGGCACGCACUCAUGGACUUAACUCCCAAAGAGCGCAAAGAAUUUUUAAUACUAAGGGGUACGGAAGAAAAGGUUGCAGAGGAGCUUUCCAAUAUCGAACGGUGGACGCAACCAGAUAUUGAGAAGCUUGAAGUGGAGUAUCAACGCUUCAAGUCAAUCCCUGAGUAUAGGCGAAUUCACUACGGAAAUCCUAACAUGGACCCGUACGAGCCCAGGAAGGUCAAGCGAGAGAGUGAGGCUCCCGGGAUCACUCAAAAACAACUGGACAGGAUCAUAGGCUCGAGCUCUUCGGCGCGCAGGAUAGCCGCGCGACAGCUUGGCAUGAGCCUUGAGCUCUCAGAGGAGAUAGCCUACGCCGACGAGUUCUCUCCUGAGUUGAUUAAGAAGCUUGAUAACGAGUACAGACGCAUCAAGAGCGAUCCCAAGUAUAGUGCUGUCCUCAAGAAGUUUGGUAACAACAAGAGCAAGCGGGACUCAUACCACAAGGAAAACAAUCAUCUUGCAAACAAUGAUCAUGAAAAGCGCCAGCUUGUCCCAAGCACGAUGAAUAUUACACAAACCGAGCCAGACUCGGACUGGGAAGUGGACCUCAGUCCCCAAUUCAAAUACGCUCAGGCGCUUACGGAAGAGUUCAUCGAGAGGUUUGCCGAUAUGAUCCAUGACAAGGUUGAAGAGGCGAAGAAGCAGAGGAAACUUGACACCGAGGCCACUCCAAGGUUCAAUGCAACCAAGGCGCUAGACGAGUUGAUCGCCGGUAACAGCAAUGAGACUGUGAGCAGCCAGAACGCGACAGACUUGACAGCGCCCCAGGCAACCGGCAACCUGAAUACGACCAAGUUGUUAGAGCCACAGGACGCUGCCGGCCAGAACGUGGCCGAGAUCGCAGCGGAUCAACCUGCCAGCAACCAGACUUCAAAAGAUGGCGAGCUGAAAGACAAGCUUGAGCAGUCGAAGAAGAAUGGAUGGUGCAACGAGUUUCUUGGUGGGCUCGAGGAUACUUUGAAGGAGUCUGUGGAAGCGGCGCAAGAAGAGGUUGGAGAGGCUGCAGAGACAGCGAAAGAGAAGUUUGCAAAGGCCGCAGAGAAGGAUGAUUAG